AUGUCAAGUAAUCAAAAAACUUAUUGUAGAAAAGAAAUUUUGUCGACUUCUCUCAUGUAUAAUAAAAAAAAUAUCAAUAAUAUUGACUUACAAUGUAAUGGACUAAAUAAAGUAGUUAAUGAAAACAUUGUAGAAAAUAUUAUUGAAAAUGAUAAUUUAUUAACUGAUCGUGGAAAUAAUUGUUUACCUGUAGAUGAAUUAAUACAGCAAUUGCGAUCCGAACUAAAACAAACAAGAGAAUUAAUUACUGAACUUGAAUCACGUUUAAGAUUGUAA